AUGGCUGUUGUCUUCUCUCCUGUCCGUGGAGCCGAUCUUUACGUUAUCCAGUACAAGUUCUCAGACGAAGUUGAUUUUAAACCUAACCGUUAUGAGAUUUCAACUCAGCCUGAAAUUAAAGACUAUAUGAUAUCAAUGAUAACAUCCUGUAAUUCGUCCAUAAAUGUGCGUGUGGCAGCAGUGUCUUCACUUAGAACUGGUCCGUUUUCCAGCUUGCUCUCAAUAAAGCCGCCAUUGCUUUCAAUAAGUCCACAUCUCGAUUUAUUGAGCAUGGUUUAUAGCGGUAUCCCGGGUUGGCUUGGCGGGUCCGUUGAGCUCACUCUAAAAUAUUUUGCUGCGGAGUGGCCAUUUGGGCUUGAAGAUCUAAAUGUGACUCCAAAAAUGUUUGGUGCCAUUUGCGAGAAAGCGCCUAUCAACGAAGUUCCUUUGCCAAAAUUUACGCAAGGUUCUCGCCCGAAUACUGUAGUAGCUCGGCUAGACGCUGACGCAAUGUAUCGUCGAUGUCAUUAUCGCUACAGAGCGGCAUAUGUUACUAGUCGACGGUGUCAAACUACUUCAUUUCCGUCGACUGAGGAAUCACAAUCGAUAGUGAUAAGUUGUGAUACCGUGACGAAUAGUUCCUGCGCAGAAGAAGUAUCCACAUCUCCCAUCUGUGGACAGAUCAACAAUAUCCAUUAUGAGGUAACAGACAAAAUGUCAGUGUCAGAUGAGCCUAAUAAGGAAAUUCUUUCGCUAGAAGUUACAUUCGAUCCGAUGAUGAGAGAGGGAAAGCUGCCAACACUUUAUUACAAAGCCUACUAUGGAGAAGCGGAACCAUGCCAAAAAACUAAAAAUAAUGUGUUCGAUGGCGUCAAGCUCACCCGCAACAUCAAAACUACUACCAACUGUUUGAAAUUUGACAAGAUUAGAGGCUGUUUGAAGAUCAAGAACAGCGUUUCGAUAUCUGGCAUUCGUUAUGAUGAAACAUAUGGCAUCAUUUUUUGUGCCAUCAAGGAUAACAGGAAUACAAUUGCACUACCUUAUAUUCAUGGAAAGAGUGCCACGAAACUAGAAGUAAGCAAGGUUUACGUUAGUUCUAUAGCGAAUUUCGAGACUGAGACGAUAUUAUUUACAACUGGCACAGCCUUUCUUCUGAUGAUGGGUGCCAUCGCCGUGUGGUGCUACAUCAACAAGCAGAAACGAAAUAACAAAAUAUACCAACCAAAGUCAACGCAAAAACAGAAAAGAAGUAGCCCACACAGUCUUCCUAAAGCAUCUGACAACUGGGAAAUCGAGCGUAGUAAUCUCAUAGUUUACGACGGAGUAAAGCUUGGAUCUGGUGCUUUUGGAGCGGUCUAUCUAGGCAAGAUCUUAGCUUCUAAUCUAAUUCAAUCUCAAAUGACGUAUAAGUAA